AUGCCUGCUCCUCCGAAACAACGCAAGAUUGCCAUAGUCGGCAGUCGCUCCGUCGGCAAGUCAUCGCUCACGGUGCGCUUUGUGGACCAUCAUUUCGUAGAAAGUUAUUAUCCCACGAUCGAGAAUACAUUCAGUCGCAUUAUCAAACACAAGGGCCAGGACUAUGCGACGGAGAUUGUUGAUACUGCAGGCCAGGAUGAAUAUAGUAUCUUGAACUCGAAGCAUUUCAUUGGUAUCCAUGGCUACAUCAUUGUAUACUCGGUGGCAUCGCGCCAAUCCUUUGAUAUGGUGACGGUCAUCCGGGAUAAGAUUUUGAACCACUUGGGUGCGGAUUGGGUACCGCUAGUAAUCGUCGGAAAUAAGAGUGACCUCAACACAGACCAACGACAAGUCCAACUCGACGAAGGCCGCCAACUAGCCCAACAAUUCAACUGCGGUUUCACAGAGGCCAGUGCCCGGCUCGAUUAUAAUGUGGCCAAGGCAUUCGAUCUGAUGAUUGGAGAGAUUGAGAAGUCGCAGAAUCCCUCUCAGCCGACGGGGGAUAGCAAGUGUGUUGUUAUGUGA